AUGGAGACAAAUUGUGCCAAGUGCUCGUUGGAAAUUACUGGCAUUGAGUAUGUGAACUGCCGAGGAUACUGUGGCAGUGUGUUUCACAUGACGUGUUCCGGAGUGUCUCGUGCCCUGUCUGGUUACUUCACAUCCCAUCGGAAAAACCUCUUUUGGAUGUGCGAUAAAUGUGCGGAACUUUUUGAGAAUUCCCACCUCCGAUCCAUCACCAAUUUGGCAGUUGAAAAAUCACCGCUGCUUUCUCUCACGGAAGCUAUCACGAAUUUGCAGACGGAAAUUAAACAGUUGUCAUCAAAGCCUGUCCCGUCAAUUCUGCCACCUGCUGUCAACCGAUGGCCAACACUUGAAGCAACUCGACCAUCAAAACGAUUUCGUGGAUCCGACUCUGUGGUGCCUAAAACAUCUGAGUGUCAGUCUGGUUCAAAACUGUUGGGUCAGAACGUCAUCUCUGUACCUACAUGUGAAAAACCGGCGGCAAAAUUCUGGCUCUACUUGUCCCGUAUCCAACGUGAUGUGAGCAACGAAGCAAUCUCUGAAAUGGUGAAAGCCAACCUGGAACUCGAAAAUGAACCUGAUUUUGUGAGAUUGGUCGCCAAAGGAACCGACACCAGUAACAUGACCUUUAUUUCAUUCAAAGUCGGUCUAGACCCAGCUUUGAAGAAGAGAGCUUUGGAUCCGUCAUCUUGGCCCGAAGGAGUUCUAUUCCGUGAAUUCGAAGAUCACUCGGCUCAAAAAUUUCGGAGACCAUCUGGUGUGAAUCUAACACCCACGCCAGUGACACCGCAGACGACGUUUGCAGCAAAUCAACCGUUAGAUGGACCCCGGGACGCGCAAAAAUAUGCAUUUUGGAAGCCUCUUAUCCACUCAGCACAGUCGCGCCGAUAA